AUGUUUUCCAUGAAAGGUAUUGUUAUUGGUACUUGGGAUACUGGACCUUGGAUUGGGUUUAAAACUACAGAAGACAACACAUACAGCUGGCUUGCGACUGGACAGUUACGAACUGAUAUUGAGCUACAGACCUGGAAACAUGCCUGCUUUACUUUAGAUAUGGAAACUGGAAAUGUUAGUGUCUACGCCAAUGGAAAGCUAUCCUGGGCCGGAAAUGACCCAAACAUAGUUCCGGUCAGAGAACAAUGGAAUAAAACCUUUGAUACCAUCACUGCAGGAUGUGCUUAUGAUAUUGACUAUGUAGACUAUUCAAUGCACGGAGAAGUGACUGAUCUGCAAAUGUACAGUGGAAUUAUGGACCCUGGCAAGCUAAUAGCUCUUACAGCAUGCAAUUCUUUUGAAACCGGAGAUCUUGUGAACUGGAGAAAUCUAAGCUGGAAAAUAAGGGGGGCAAAACAAACCGUUUUGAGAGAACUGAAAAGUUUAGAAAACAAUGUGUGCCACAAACCAGAGAACACCUUGCAUCUACUUCCAUUCAAACUUAAAACCCCGGAACUGCGUAAAACAUGCAAAAAACUAUUUGGCAGACUACAUGGUUACAAUGAUAAAGAUGAAUUUGGUAGAAUCACUAAAUUUAUGACUUCUGGAAACAACAUAAAGGCAGAGGAUUGUAUGAGAAGAACUGACAACACUAAUUCCUCAUUCAGGCACAUUUAUUAUAUAUAA